UAAAUAUUUAAAAUGGCCGCUGUAACUCUUUAGUAGGUUACCAUUAGUGCUUUAGUUUAUGCUUUUUAAAGAUCUCGUAAGACCAUUAUUAUUUUCUAUAAUAGCUUAAACUUUUCAAUUAGUACUACUGUUAUCGUUAAAUAAAUAAAAAUCUUAUAUAGGGUAAAUAUGAGUGUACUUACGAAGAUUGCUAAGAACAAAGUCAAAAUCAAAGAUGGCGGAUGUUGGUAGACGAAGAAAUCGAUCAGCUGGAACGAACCUCCCAGAUUGCUGCAGAAUAUUACAUAAUCCUUCCGAAAAUACUUUAAUUGUACCAAGAAUGAGCCGAGGCGGGGCGAAUGGACUUGGCAGUGUCUUGCCAAAAACUUCCUUGAGUUUGGAUAAUAGAGGGAAUAUACCUAGUAGGAGAAUCGUAAAUGUACCAACUACCGCGGUCGAUUCUUCUCCCAUGCAGGGUACAGCCAGCACCCCUCUCCAACCGCAGGCAACUGUUGUUCCGACAACGAUAUCUAUAGUACCUUCCGAUCAUAAUAUGACCGGACACGUUUCCAUGUCAACGACUGGACAAACAGCUGAUUUAGCUGCAUUAUUUGAAUGUCCUGUAUGCUUUGAUUACGCUCUACCACCAAUUACACAAUGUCCAUCCGGUCAUAUAGUUUGCGCCAGUUGCAGACCAAAGUUGCCGUCUUGUCCAAGCUGUCGAGGUCCUAUCGGAGAUAUAAGAAAUUUAGCUAUGGAUAAAGUUGCCGCUAAUAUACAAUUUCCUUGUAGAUAUCAAAAUGCCGGUUGCACGGAUAUUUUCUUUUAUCAGGAUAAACCUGAUCAUGAAGAAAUAUGUGAAUAUCGGCCCUAUCAUUGUCCCUGCCCGGGAGCUUCGUGUCGCUGGCAAGGAUCUCUUGAGCAAGUCAUGCCUCAUCUACGUCACGCACAUACCUCGAUAACGACUUUGCAAGGCGAAGAUAUAGUUUUCUUAGCAACUGACGUUACUCUCCCAGGUGCUGUAGAUUGGGUUAUGAUGCAAUCCUGCUUUAACGAACACUUUAUGCUAGUCCUCGAAAAGCAGGAUAAACAGGAUGGUGUGCAUACCUUUUACGCAGUCGUGCAAUUAAUCGGAACUAGGAAACAAGCUGAAGCAUUUGCUUAUAAAUUGGAAUUAAACGGUCCUAGACGACGAUUAACUUGGGAAGCGACACCUCGUUCGAUUCACGAUGGUAUUGCAACAGCAAUAGAACAAUCCGAUUGUUUGGUUUUCGAUACAAACAUCGCUUUACUUUUCUCUGAAAACGUUCUUCGGACUAUUAAAAGGACUAUGAUGGUUGCUGCCGCUUACAAGAAGCUAAACCUGCCAAUGGAUACGGUAGAUUUAUCCAAAAUUAAAGCAGCCUAUUCAAAUUUAUUAAAAGAAUUACAUCCCGACACUUCAAAAUCACCGAAUGUUGAGCAACUUCAAGAAAUUCGCACGGCAUAUAAGACUCUCGUCUCUCAUAUCUCAAAACCACAAACCAAAGUUGAACAAAGUGAAGAUAUAGUAGAACUUGCAAAUAACUCCGAAAGGCAAGCUCAACAUAGGCGAUUUUUGGAAUACGAGGGAAUGGGAACUAUAUUCGAGCGUCAGCGUCAAGCAUCCAGCCGACGAGUUCAAAAUGCUUUAGAUAGUAUUCAUGAACGAACCGUUUCAAAGCAUAUACCUCAUGGAUUGGUUUUAGCUAAGAAACAAAAAGCAUCGAAUGCCAUGGAACGAGUUGUUGAAGAUUUAAUAUUAGAAGCUUUUUCUCGAGGUGAUUUUACUAAUUUACCUGGAUCCGGAAAACCCAUUAAGUCGGAUGGAUUGGUGUCCCAUAUAGACAGUGCAUCAUUUCGACUGAAUAAAAUUUUAAUGGAUCAAGGAUAUAGGCCCGAAUGGGUGGAUCUGCAUGCAGAUAUAAAAAGAUCUAUUUUGCAAGCAAAACGCAAAUUUCGAACUAAUCAAUCGUUUAGUGAAUUGGAAACGAGCAUAGUCGAAAUCAACAAGAAGGUUUUCAAAUACAAUUUAAUAGUACCGUCCAUGCAUCAGCAGUUAAUGCCCUAUGAUAUAGAGGUUCUUUACAAAAAGUUCCUUGAGUUACCACCAUUAAUUGAAACUCAGCAAACUUCGGCUACAUCUCAAGAGAAGCCUGUUGAAUUUAAUGACAAUAUGACAUUAAAAGUUGCUCGAUGUGGUCAACUAAAUGUUAAACUUUUAAAUCCUGGGAAGUCAAUUAGUAAUCAGUCAUGGAGCAUGCGAUUAAAUGCUCGUCGCUUCCAUCAGUUAAGUAAGACAAAGAGUAGUAAAAGGAAUUUAUUUGGAAAGAAUGAAAAGAAGUAUAACUUUAGUUAUCCAAUAGUACGAAAGUGUUUUCAUCCUGGCGUUUCAAAUAUUUCGAGAGAUGCAAUAGCAGGAAAACAAGCCAAAGUAACAGGAUGGGAUAUAGCAAAAACAAUGUUAACCUAUGUUUGGCCCAAAAAUAAAAAAGGAAUAAGGAUCAGAGUAGUCAUUGCACUAUCUCUAUUAGUUGGAUCGAAAGUCUUGAAUAUUCAAGUGCCUUUUCUUUUCAAGAGUCUAGUUGAUCAUCUUAACGAUAAAAAUAAUUUGCUUAAUAUGACUACACCUCAGAAUACAGUAAUAACUUUAGCAACUGCUCUUGUUAUAGGAUAUGGCGUAGCUAGAGGAGGUGCUGCUGGUUUUAACGAACUUAGAAAUGCUAUAUUUGCUAAAGUUGCGCAAAAUUCAAUAAGACGAGUAGCAAAGAAUGUCUUUUUACAUUUGCACUCACUAGAUUUGAAUUUUCAUUUGAGUCGUCGAACGGGAGCCUUGUCAAAAGCUAUUGAUAGGGGUACGAGAGGCAUCAAUUUCGUAUUAAGUGCUCUCAUUUUCAACGUUGUUCCUACUAUUUUAGAAGUUUCCCUUGUUAGUGGCAUUCUUUAUUAUAAGUUUGGAUUGCAAUACGCCGGGGUAGCCUUAGCUUGUACUAAGGAUGCUGGCAAUUUGGCUGUCGAUUCAUUAAUAAAUUACGAGACAGUGAAAUAUUUCAAUAAUGAAAAAUUCGAAGCGGAGAGAUAUGAUAAAGCUUUAGCAAAAUAUGAAGAAGCUUCUUUGAAGACAACUACAACUUUAGCUGGUUUAAAUUGGGGUCAACAUGCCAUCUUUUCUGCCGGUUUAACAGCGAUUAUGUAUUUGGCUAGCCAAGGUAUUGCUACAGGAACAAUGACGGUAGGCGAUUUAGUGAUGGUUAAUGGCCUCCUAUUUCAGUUGUCGAUACCUUUAAAUUUCUUGGGUUCAGUAUAUAGAGAAGUUCGCCAAAGUCUUAUCGACAUGCAGACUAUGUUUUCCCUGUUGAAGGUCGAUACUGAUAUCCAGAAUGAGAAAGAUGCCCCUAAGCUUCAAGUUUCGGCAAAAACCGCUACGGUAACUUUCGAGAACGUGACUUUCGGUUAUUUAGCCGAUAGAAAAAUACUCGACUCGUUAACUUUUCACGUGGAAGCCGGAAAAAGGAUUGCUAUAGUCGGAGGGAGCGGUUCAGGGAAAUCAACUCUUGUAAGAUUACUCUACCGAUUUUACGAUCCUCAAGAAGGUAGAAUUCUAAUCAAUGGCCAAGAUGUACGUCAAAUCGAUUUAGACGAUUUUAGAAAAUACGUUGGAAUUGUUCCUCAGGACUGUGUUUUAUUUCAUAAUAGUAUAUUACACAAUAUAAAGUAUGGUAAUAUGGAGGCUUCACCUGCACAAGUGGAAAAAGCAUCUAAGAUGGCAGAAAUUCAUGAUUCUAUAGUUGCUUGGCCCGAAGGCUACAACACUCAGGUUGGGGAAAGAGGUCUAAAGUUGUCAGGCGGGGAAAAGCAGAGAGUGGCAAUUGCGAGAGCCAUUUUAAAGAAUUCACCUAUUUUAGUUUACGACGAAGCGACAAGUUCUUUAGAUUCUAUUACGGAAGGCAGAAUAUUAGCUGCCUUGGACAGAGUAACUGCAAAUAGAACAACGAUUGUUAUAGCUCACCGGUUAUCGACAGUUGUCAACGCCGACGAAAUUUUUGUUCUACAAAAUGGGCGAAUUGCUGAAAGAGGCUCUCACUAUGAACUUAUCGCCAAAGAGGAUAGCCUAUAUAAUCGGUUAUGGCAAGAGCAAAAUCGAAUAAUAUUUGAACAAGAGAAGGAAGAAACCGAAAAAAAGUAA